GAAGGAGCCCCUCUCCAGUUUCCUUUAUGAGAGCACUAGCGUGGGUGUUGGACCGGAGCAGGAGGGAGCUCUGGGCAGGCUGGGAGCAAAAGUCAAUUUCUAAUGUUGCUGCCUUUACUGUCAUUCCGAGGAAGCCCCUGGAGGAUGAAGAGAAAUGGCAUAAAAGCUUCCUCCUACAUCGCGUAACAGAAGAGAAUCCCAAAGGAAGUUGGAGGAGAGCUGCCAGUAUCUACAAAUGUUCCAGCCCGAGGGGCAGGGCGGGGCAAUCUAGCCCCGGAACAGGCGGGGCAGACGCCUUCAGGGAAACCGGAAGUUAAGAUUGUUCCCCAGUCCCACCUCCUCCUCCACUUCCAAAGAUUUUCCCGCCUUCGCUCCUUAGCAGGCCAUGGAACUUCCUGCGCCCCGCCCCUGAAGCCUUGGGAGCCUGGAGUCCCAGGGAUGGCCUCUGAAAGGGACAGACUCCCAGCCCAGGUAAGUGCAUUCCAGCCUCAGAUGGGAGCCCCAUCAGCCAGUGAGGACCUUCCCUGGCUCUGACACAAGAUGGAUCUGGAAGCUGCUCCCUCCUUCCUGCUGGGCCAUUUCUCUACCCACAUACAAGAAAGUAGGAACAGCACUUCCCAGCUCUCUUCUGGGCUUUGAGAGUGAUUCGUUGGCCCUUGGCAGCUCAGACCCCAACAGCUCCCCCAAAGCACUGCCUCCCAUGUUGGAUUUCUCCCUGGACACAAGAGGUGGUGACGUUCAAGGAUGUGGCUGUGGACUUCACUGAGGAGGAGUGGCGCCUCUUGUCACCUCCCCAGAAGGAGCUGUACAAGGAGGUGAUGCUGGAGAAUGCCCAGAACCUGCUCUCUGUGGGGCUUCCAGGGUGCCCAGAAGAUGUGAUCUCUUAUUUGGAGCAGAAGGAAGCCCCAUGGAUGCUGAAGCAAGAAGGCCUGAGGAGCUGCUGCCCAGAAGGAGAGAUCAGAUCUGAAAUGAAGAUGAAUCCAACAAAGGUGAGCCUUCUUGUGAAAGAAAUGGACCUACAAAAUUCUGAUAUCUUUGCUUUCAGAGAAUUUUGUGUUGCACCUCAAAAGAAAUCUCUUAUUGAACAUCAAAGAAUGCACACUGAGGAAAAAUCUAGUGAAAAUAAUCAGUGCAGAAAGACUUUUGUGUGCAGGGCCAAUCUUGCUAGACAUCACAGAAUCCACUCUGGUGAGAGACCUUAUGAAUGCAAAGAAUGUGAAAAGACAUUCAGUCGGAGCUCCUCUCUUGCUGUACAUCAGAGAGUCCACACUGGGGAGAAACCUCAUAAAUGCAUGCAAUGUGGAAAGACAUUCAAAGAAAGGUCCAAACUUGCUGUACAUCAGAGAGUACACACUGGGGAGAAACCUUAUGAAUGCAAGCAGUGUGGAAAGACAUUCAGUCGGAGUUCCAGUCUUGCUGUGCAUCAGAGAAUCCACACUGGGGAGAAACCUUAUGAAUGCAAUCAGUGUGGAAAGACAUUCAAAGAAAGGUACAAACUUGCUAUACAUCAGAGAAUCCACACUGGGGAGAAACCUUAUGAAUGUAAGCAGUGUGGAAAGAGUUUUAGACGGAGCUCCAGUCUUGCUAUACAUCAGAGAAUCCACACUGGUGAGAAACUUUAUGAAUGCAAACAAUGUGGAAAGACUUUCACACUGAGCUCCAGUCUUGCUGUACAUCAGAGAAUUCACACUGGGGAGAAACCUUAUGAAUGCAAAAAAUGUGGAAAGACUUUCAGACUGAGCUCCAGUCUUGCUGUACAUCAGAGAAUUCACACUGGGGAGAAACCUUAUGAAUGCAGGCAAUGCGGAAAGACAUUCAGUCGGAACUCCAAACUUACUGUACACCAGAGAAUCCAUACUGCAAAGAAAUCUUAUGAAUGCAAGCAAUGUGAAAAGACCUUCAGACUGAACUCAAGUCUUGUUGUACAUCAGAGAAUCCACACUGGGUGCAAACCUUAUGAAUGCAAACAAUGUGGAAAAACAUUCAAAGAAAGGUCCAAACUUACUGUCCAUCAGAGAGUCCACACUGGGGAGAAACCUUAUGAAUGCAAGCACUGUGGAAAGGCAUUCAGUCGGAGCUCCAGUCUUGUUGUACAUCAAAGAAUUCACACUGGGGAGAAACCUUAUAAAUGCAAGCAGUGUGGAAAGACAUUCAGUCAGAGGUCCCAUCUUGCUGUACAUCAGAGAAUCCACACUGGGGAGAAAUCUUAUGAAUGUAAACAAUGUGGGAAGACUUUCAGACUGAGCUUUAGUCUUGGUGUACAUCAGAGAAUCCACACUGGGGAGAAACCUUAUGAAUGCAAGCAGUGUGGAAAGACUUUCAGACUGAACUCCAGUCUUGGUGUACAUCAGAGAAUCCACACUGGGGAGAAACCAUAUCAAUGCACACAGUGUGGAAAGACAUUCAGUCGGAAGUCCAAUCUUGCUCUGCAUCAGAGAAUCCACACUGGGGAGAAACCUUAUGAAUGCAAGCAGUGUGGAAAGACAUUCAGUCGGAACUCCAGUCUUGCUGUACAUCAGAGAACCCACACUGGGGAGAAACCUUAUGAAUGUAAGCAGUGUGGAAAGACAUUCAGUCGGAGCUCCAAUCUUGCUGUACAUCAGAGAAUCCACAUAGGGAGAAACCUUAAGAAUGCAAGCUAUGUGUAAAGACAUUCAUUCACAUGCAACUCCAGUCUUGCUAUUGUGAAGGAAAUUAAUUUACCAUCCCACCUUUCUGGGACAGCACACCUGUUGUGAGCCUGAACUUGACUCAGCUGAGGAUUGCCUGAUGGAAACCAUUGAGUGAGAAUAGAAUGGCAGCAGAAAAAAGGCAGCAACAGAGUUCAGAGAUCAUGAGACAGGGACAGGGUUAUGUCUCCUGGACUUCCCCCCCCCUUCCCCAGGUGGCCCAGGAAAAGCAGAUAGCUACUGUUGGCUUCUAAGAUAAGAUUUGUGAGAGUUAGUGGGCAGAGAAAAGGUUUGAUAUACUGAGGCAAGAGCAGAUAUCCAUGCUCUUUCUCUUUCAGUUUUUUUGGCUAGGGCACCGUAAUGGUGCCCACAGAAUAGCAAGCUACAUGGAGCAGUAUGUCUCCUAUUUUUCCAUCUUUCCCCCCUAUUUCCUUAGGUUAAAUAAAAUUAAUUUGGGGCCACUCUUAUCAUUUCCCCUCUUAUACUAUACAUUACAGAAACCACAUACAGUCAUACUGAGGUCUCUCACUUUACUCAGAACCAGACAAUUCACUACACAGUGAGCAUAUGAUUUAGACCUAAACUGUUAUCCCAUAAGAAAAUUAAGGGAGCACACAUUAGUUUACCUGUAAGAUCAAUUUAUUGAUAAGGGAAGAAUUUAUGACAAGAAAUGGGUAGUAUUGUGAGGUGUAAAAUAGGUAAUUUUUAUUGUAUUCAAUUCAGAACUGUUUGUACAAACAAAACUAAUGCAACUAAGAUUAAAAAUGGAAAAGAAGUUAUCAUUUGCUUUACCAUAUGUCCAACUAAAUACUUGUUUUUAAAAAUUCUAAUCUCAUUCUCAUAUGCCUUAAUUCAUCAUUUCAUGGCAUCUGGAUCUAAGGAGGAGUUAAUUUAGGCAGAAAAUAAUGUCUUUGCCCAAUUGCAAUAAUUUGUAAUUAGCAUCAUUUCCUUUAUAUGGUUUUCCCAAAAAUUCAUAUAAAGCAAAAAUUAAAAAACAACCUGAAACUUUGGAUUUUAAAUAUGAAAUAAAAUUAUCGGCAUUCCAGUGACUUCUACUCAGUUGAAUGUAUUAUCAAAACAAUUAUCUUAUAUAGAAAGUCACCAUGUAUCUAUCAGCUUGAGACUGGACUGAUUGCAUUCAGAGGCCUUUGUAGCAUAACUGACACAAUUAUUUCUACAAUUUCUAAACCUAUAACAUAUCAAAUCUUAAACCUAUUUUGCAUUAAAUUCUAUGCUACAUAUGUGGCAAAAAUUUAUCACACCAGUAUAGAACUUCAAGUAAAUUGGUUUGUUGGGAGGAGGCAAGACUCCUAAUAAAGCUGGACCCUGGUCAAGAUCCAGAGCAGAGACCCCUGAGCCUUAGGAGAUAACCUUAGGAGAUAAGCCAAGAAAUCUGAUGAUGUAGUGACAGAAAAUACAGUCACAAUGAAAAUAGAAUGGAUGCAAAAUAAUUCAUAUUGGCAUCUGAAUUAAUGACACAAGUGCUGAUUAAUCUGGUAAUUGUAAAAACAGAUCACUAUGGGUGGUAACUGCAGUACUCAGUCAGGGUCUUGGUAUUUUUACUGAUGAUUAUGGUGGAAUAGUAGGAGUGAGUAGUAUUGGUUAACUGAUAUUUGAAAACAAGAGUAGCUCUCCACCUCCUGUGUGACUUGUCUUGUUCUACAGUCAAGACCAUCCUUUCUCUUUUUGUCUGACCAUCUUGUUAUACACUCCAAAGAGGUGUGGUAGGAUUUAUGUAAUCUCUGUUACAGGUUUAAGGUCAGGCUGUAAACAAAAUUUGAUAGUACACCAAACUAAUUUUCUUAGCUAAUUAUAAUUUUUAUAAAGCAAACUAUAUUAUUUGACUAUGAACUCAAAACUAAUGACUGUGUUAUAAAAAUCAUAAAGGCUAAUAUUAUUGUAGUCAUAAAAGGGGUAGGGGGGUUUCACACACAUAUACAUCAAAUAUCAUUAUCCUAAUAGGAAAAUGGAUGUGAAUUGAAGUGCUACUACAUUAUAAUUGAUUUUAAGACAGUUCCAUCAAAUCUAGAUUCAUCCUUGUAAAUCCCUUCAGAAUCUUUUCUUGAGACAUUUGUUGUCAGCACCUCAGAUGAUAGGGAUCUCUAGUUUCAGAGUAGUCUGCUGCCUAGGGUUAAAGGAAAUCUACCUGCUAGCCUUGGGGAAGAAUUGAAGGUCUGAUGAAGAACAGGAUCUUGGACUCUCAGAAGGAAAGCUCUAAGAGUUUUAGGGACCAAGAGAAACUUGUCGGAAAGUGAGAUGCUACCUGAGAAAACUGAAUCAAAGAGGUCAAGGUGAGCAUUGUGAAUCUGAAAAAUUCUCAGACCGUACUUCAUAAGAUUUGGUUAAGACCAUUCCCCAUUUUAAACAAUGAAGGAACUUAGAUCAGGAAUGUGAGACCUCUACUCCACCCCUACUUAAGCAUGCUUUAGGGGAAGAAACUCCUUGCUGAACAAUGAAAAAUACUUUAACCUAUACUUACAGUAAGGCAAAAGUUCUUAAACUGUGCCUGUUUUUAGAUCUAAUACAAAAGGGUGUUUAAGUACCUAUAAAAGUCAGGCAACUUGUGAAUUUACAAGGAGCAAAGAGGUAAGAACUUACUCAGAGGUUUUUCAGGUGUGAACUUAAUCAAAAGUUUAAACCUAUUUAGGUGUGAAUUAAGAAUGGUCUGUCCUUUGGACAGACUACUGUGAUUGGUAGAUGUGAGAACUUAGAGGAGGUGACAUAGGAGAAAAUUCCCUUUAAAAGGAGGUCAGAAGCUGAGAGAAGGGUCUCUCUUGGGAGAUCCAGCUGGGAAAAGCUGAAUUGGAGAAGGCAACUGGUGUCUCUCUGAACACUAGAAUUUUGCUUGGGACAAAUCUUGUGGUGAGUGAAUUGAAGACUGACUGAUCUCUCUCUCUUAAGGCUGUCCUAAGCUGGCCUAGCCUUUUUUCUCAUUAUUCCUUUUCUCUCUCUCUUUCUUUAAUUCCUCAUGUAUAUUAAUUAAAAUCUCUAUAAAACCCAGCUGACUUGGGUAUAUUUAAUAUUUGGGAAUUUUUCCCUGGAGACCACCUUAUAUUUGAUUUAAAACAAGACAUUGUCUUGAAAGCAUAUUUUCUGCGGUCACAAUUUAAGCCAAACAACCCUUUUAUCUGUAACAGUUUAAGAGUCCCACUAUUUUAAUCACCACAGCAUGGAGGACAUACUCCACACAGUGGAAAUAACUAAGGGAAAGGCAGAGUUACAAGAUGGAGGGUCUUUACCAAGAUCCUCCAGGAGGCCAGAUUCACUGGGUGAGACUGAGUAGAGACGAGUUCUUGUGACACCCACGUUUGUAGAAGAAUCUCAGCCCAAGAAUGGGAAACUCAAAUUCCAUUCAGUUUGUAAGAAGAAAAAAAUAUUUGAAGAAGUAGUUGUUUAUGGUUGUAUAACUGGUGGAAUAGACUGGAGGCUAAUCAGAUAGCCUCAGGACUGAUGGACAAGUCCAAGGGCUAGUAGAGUAGUCUCUGCAGCUGAUUAUAUAGAGUAGCAGCUCUGUUGUACAGCGUUAGCUUCAUUUAUGGAGUAGCAGCCACAACUGUAGAAUAGCAGCUUCCCAGCUUUGUGGAUGUUUUAUAUAUAUAUAUAUAUAAUAGUGUUAUAGUUCUAAGAACAAUAUGAAUACUUAAUGAAACCAAUUAGUCACAAAACUGAUGCCCAGAACAGAAUAUUAUAGAUCCUCUACACAGAGUUGGUAAAGACUAUCUGCAAUUCAUGUUUGACUGAUGCUGAAACUACAGGUUUUAUACUUGAUGUUUGACCAGUUUUAACUAAUGAGAAGUGGUAGAUUUCAGAGACUAAGGGUCCCUUUCCUCACUACCCCUCAGUGCCUGUUAUCAGCCUAUAUCAGAGUGAAGGAUUAAAAUUCUGGAAAAGGUAUUGGGUAAUUCCCUAUGAUGAAGAGCAGGGUUUGGCAAGUAGAGGCAGGCAGAAUCUUGAGGUACUAACUCAGGGUACCAAUGGAGGAAAGGGCCCAUCCUGGGGCUUCCGAGUGGGAUAAUAUCACUAUCUGCAAAUUCAUAAUUUCUGAAAUGGGGCCGGGCCUGCUUCAUUCUUUGGAUACACAGUAGGAAAGAUCAGAAUUGGUAUUCAGAAGGUGGCAGCAACCAUUUUAAUAAGACCAAGAUAUAAGUAGUGAAAAGUGGAAAGGAUAAAACUCCUUCUUUGCUUAUUUUGUUAAAUAAUUUGUAUAGUAUUGGGAUUCAUUUUUUAAAUGUUUGAUAGAAUUCACUUGUGAAUCCAUAUGGCCCUGGGGAUUUUUUUCUUAGGAAGGAAUUUUACCAAAUUCCUUUUAUGACACAAAUAUGUAACUGAUUCCAAAGACUGGCAGACCAAAAACCGAGAAAGAAAACUACAGACCAAUUUCCUUAAUGAAUGUAGAUUCAAAAAUCUUAAAUGGAAUAAUUGCAAAAAGAGUUGUAGAUUAAAAAUGUAUAUACAAAAUACUCCAAGUAUUAGAUUUAAUAAGAUUUAUUAAAUAAUGACUUGAAGCAAAAAGGAAAAUAAAAGGCUAGAGAAACAGAGAGAGCUCACCUAGCCUUGCAUGCAGGAAAAAGAGAGCAAGAGGGAGGAGCCACAAAAUUAUAUACACACAUGUAACAAAUGCAAA